CUGUACUCUAGUUGUUGUUUAGUCAUUGUGUCAUUUUGUAUAGCGUGAAUUUGCACGAGGAUUCUGAACGCUUACUAAACAUCUCAGGAACAGCUCAUAUUCACACAUCAAUCUUAUUUGUACGAAGGGUUUUCAGAUUACAGAAGAGUCUCAACCAACCUCCAAGAUGGGAGACGAUUCACGAGUCGUUAAUGGAGUUGACCUGGCUUCUGUAGACGACGAAGCUUUCUUGUAUCAGCUGAUGGAUAACACAGAAGACGUUGAUCAGAGGAAAUUAGUGAGGGCGAGACUUCGAGAGGUUCAAGCAGUCUCUAGAGCAAAGCGAGAAGAAAUGAUGAAAAAGAGAGAACAAGAACGUGAAGAUGCCAUCAAACAACGUCAACAGGAAGCAGAAGAGAAGAAAAAGCGAACACUAGCUAUGUAUGAUAGUAUGGCUAAGUCAGCUCCCGCGGGCGGACCUAAAGCUAUGGAUAUCAACAUAUACAAGGAAGGUAAGCCUUGUUCGGAUGAUAAUGCUGCCAUGGUACAGCCGCAGCGUGAUCUGGUGGAAGAAUCAAUUCGUGAGCGACAAAAAGAAGCAGAUGAAAGAAAAAGAAAAAUUCUAGCAGGUUUUGACACGGCAGCAAAAUCAGGAACAUCACAAGCUGUGAAAAAGACUGAGAUAAACCAGAAUAAGGUAUCAGCUCGAUCCAAGUUUCAACAGAUGGACGCAGUCAACACAAGCCAGCAAGGAAACAAAACUCCAAAUUUCCAGGCCACUCGAGUGAAUCGCAGCGCCAGCGAUAUCAAGGAGAUGCUGCUACAGUGGUGUCGUAGUAAGACCAAGGAGUAUGAGAGCAUUGAUAUUCAGAACUUUUCUUCAAGCUGGAGCGACGGUCUAGCGUUCUGUGCUCUCAUCCACCAUUUUUAUCCGGAUGCAUUUGACUUUGAUUCCUUGAAUCCAAAAAAUCGCAGGCAUAAUUUUGAUCUGGCAUUCAGAACUGCCGAGGAAAAAGCUGACAUUUUCCCGCUUUUAGACGUGGAGGAUAUGGUUCUGAUGAAGAAACCAGACUGGAAAUGUGUAUUUACUUAUGUUCAGAGUUUGUACCGACAUCUCCGAGACCGUGACUAGAAAAAAAUAAAUAUAAGGAAAAUCAGCACAUUUAUUAUUUGUUUAAUUAUAUGUGGGUGUAAAUAAACUGUUCGCAUACAAGUUAACUGUACAGAAAAAAUUGCACCAAACUAACUAUACUAAAAUGGGUCUUUGUGCUUGCGUGUCGUUAGGGGUUCUUUU